UAUUUUGUUUUUGGGAUUUAUUAAUUAGUGUAUAAAAUACAUAGAAAAAAAUACUCGAAUUAAAUUUACUUCCCUUGUAUAAAAUUAAUGCAACUUUUGGAAGCUCACAAGUAGUCUUAACCCUGUUUUUAAUUAUAAGCCGGUAAUUCAUUAUUAAUUUCUUAUUGAUAAUCUCUGAGCUAUACGAGAGUUCAUGAUUAUCGCUUGGGUAUAUAUAUAUAUAUUCAAAGCAAACACUUCCCAGCAAAAACACAAAACAUGGAAAUCUAAAAUCUCUCUCUCUCCCUCUCGUCGAUACACAGACGUUUCGUCUUCUUGUGUUUGAGUGAGUAAGAACCAUGGAUUCGAAAGCAAGAGACGAUGACAAAACGCUAAACUUGGAUUCGAAAGCAAAAGACGGUGAAGAAGCUCUAAACAUGCUCUUAAAGCUUCAACAGAGACUUGAUAAAAUCCAUUCUGAGUUGCAAUCUUCGGGAACAUCCGCAACAACUUCAUCUGAUAUUCAAAACAUCUACGACGAAAUCCAACAAGUUCUCAAGAUGACUACGAAGACGCCUCAAGAUUCGAGUAAAGUGUCGCCACAUAUUCGCGACGAGCUUGACAUGGUGUUUGUUGUGGAGGAAGUUGGACACUCGUGCGACUUAUGCCAGAGAGAUCUCGCUACGGAUCCAGAACGGCCUAAUGCUCCCUUGCGCGGCUUACAAGAGGCGUCCGUGCUGUCUUGUGGUCAUGUCUAUCACUUCAAGUGUUUGAAAGGAACCACUCUUGAUAUCGAUAACCAUUCUAAUGAUCCUUCCUGCAUUUUCUGCAUUAGCUUCUCUAACUAAAUCAACCUUAUCCCAUGUGGAUUCAACUUUAGGUAGCUUCUACCAUCAAUGUCUAUUAGAUCAGGGAGAGACUUAAGAUUUUGUUUUCACAAUGCCAAUGGUGUUACUUACAAAUACCAGAGAUUUACUCUGAAAUCUAUCAAUUUGUUUUUACAUCCC